UUAGUAUAAUGACAAUUGAACUGUGGCUUAAGUUGUGACUAGGAGACGGAGUUUGUUAUUGAUCAUUUGUUGUGUCAUCGAUUGUCAUCAUCGUCAUCAUAAUGUCGACAUCAAAAUUGUUAGUGAUGCAAGAGCAGUUCGUGCUGUUCUCGAAGUUCGGGGAUCCAAGGUCUGAUGGAAGAACGAUCACGCUGACCCAGAGCGACAAGUGGAUGAAGCAGGCCCUGGUGCUGGACGGCAAGAAGGUCACCCUCACCGAUACCGGAGUCUGCUUCAACAAAUUCAAAUCUCGGACAAUAAACUAUCAGGACUUCAUGCGAUAUAUCGACGAUUUGGCCAAGGAGAAGGGUAUGGACACGGAUGAGCUGAAGCAUAUGAUGCUGACGUGCGGACCUCCCGGUACCAGCAAGAUCACGUCUGGAGCCGUGGCCGGAUCAAAGACGGAAGUCCACAAGAGCUAGAGGAAGGAAUCUCGGCAAGGAUGGAUCUCUUUUCUAGGUC